GAUUGAGGAAGGCUCUGCUCUCCUGCUUUGUUUAUGGAAGCUGAUAAAAUGUCAGGUGUCUGCAGCCUCUGGGGAGAGCCCCACUUCUUUAUGAUGUGAUCGAUCAUGGUUCAUUCUCCAUUCAUACAAUACGCUGACUUCAGGAGGUGAUAGGGUGGCUGCUGUCUGCUUAUCAUUCCUGCUUUGGUGCUCUUUUUGUGGGCAAGUGGAUUGUAAGAGAGCGUAUCCCUGGAGCUUCCUUAUACCUCAUUUCUAUUUGAUCGUUAAGGAGAUCCUUUGGGAAUAUCAAACCUCCAUGUACGACAAUUUGUACCUGCAUGGAUUCGAAGACUCUGAGGCGGGUUCGGCUGACUCCUACACAAGCAGGCCCUCUGACUCAGAUGUCUCUCUUGAUGAGGAGCAGGGAGGUCAGCAGGAGAAAGAGCAGCAGGCCACCGUCCAGCUGGAGAGGGCGAAGGCUAAAGCAGUGGCCUUUGCCGUGAGGACAAAUGUCAGCUACUGUGGUGCUCUGGAUGAGGAUGUCCCUGUCGCUGGCACUGCUAUUUCCUUUGAUGCUAAAGAUUUUCUUCACAUAAAGGAAAAGUACAACAAUGACUGGUGGAUUGGGCGACUGGUGAAGGAAGGUUGUGAUAUCGGCUUCAUCCCCAGUCCUGUAAAACUGGAGAACAUUCGCCUACAACAGGAGCAAAAAAGGAGCCGCUUCCACGGGAAGUCCAGUGGGAACUCCUCCUCCAGUCUGGGUGAAAUGGUGUCAGGCACCUUCAAGCCCAACCCUCCUUCUGCAGGAAAGCAGAAACAGAAAUUGGCUGAGCACAUUCCUCCAUAUGAUGUGGUCCCCUCCAUGAGGCCUGUGGUCUUAGUUGGCCCAUCACUUAAGGGCUAUGAGGUGACAGAUAUGAUGCAGAAAGCACUCUUUGACUUCCUGAAACACAGGUUUGAAGGCAGGAUAUCAAUCACAAGAGUAACUGCAGACAUUUCUUUAGCAAAGAGAUCUGUGCUGAAUAAUCCCAGUAAGAGAGCCAUCAUCGAGAGAUCCAACACCAGAUCCAACUUAGGUGAGGUUCAGAGUGAGAUAGAGCGGAUCUUUGAAUUAGCCAGAUCCCUUCAGCUGGUUGUACUGGAUGCAGAUACAAUCAACCAUCCAGCCCAGCUCAUCAAGACCUCUUUAGCUCCCAUUAUCGUCCAUGUCAAAGUGUCUUCUCCAAAGGUAUUGCAGCGGCUAAUCAAAUCACGAGGGAAAUCUCAGAGCAAGCAUUUAAAUGUACAACUGGUUGCAGCAGACAAAUUAGCUCAGUGUCCUCCAGAAAUGUUUGACAUUAUUUUGGAUGAGAACCAGCUUGAGGAUGCAUGUGAACACCUAGCUGAGUACAUAGAGGCCUACUGGCGUGCAACUCACACGUCCCUCAGCACUCCCCUGAACCCUCUACUGGGCCGCAACCUGGGUUCCACUGCGCUGUCUCCAUAUCCCACAGCCAUCUCUGGACUACAGAGCCAAAGAAAUAAAAACAGCAAUCAUGUCACCGACCACUCUCCAGUGGAAAGGUGCAGCUUGAUGAUCUCUGAUGAAAACUAUCACAACAACGAACGGCAAAAGAAGAGUCAUAACCGUCUGUCCUCCAGCUCCCAGCAAAGCCGUGACCACUACCCUCUGGUUGAGGAGGACUACCAAGAUCCCUAUCAAGAUGCAUACAAACCCCACCGCAACAGGGGCUCCCCUGGGGCCUACAGUAACGACUCACGGCAUAGACUCUAAAUUAAUAUCCAAUAGUUCUGAGAUAACUCUCAUGUAAUUGUGUAAGCCCUUUUCUGAAAAUCCAGUGCAAUACAGGUCCUCACCCAUGGGCUGUCUCAACUAAAAACAAAAUUCAAACAACCUGGUCCGUCUAGGUAAGACCGCUGUUCGCAGCCCAUGCAUAUCUCUUGUAAGGCAGUUGGAGAUUGGAGGUGCAGAUACUUAUGUGCAUUGGUUAAGAGAAGAUGAUAUCUUGGAGGAGUGAGAACUAUAGUACAAGCAGACCAUUUCUGGUCCAUAAUUUCAUUUAGUUCAGGCUUAUGCCCUAGGUCUAAUUCACAGGGUUUUCUGCAUUCUCUAUAUUUGCAGGACUUGCUGUAGUGGCAUGCUAAUUUUUACUCUGAACUACUGUAGUGCUGGCAUGCAGAAAUGCUCACUCAGCACAGAGCCUUUUUGCAUGAUCGCAUUAGCCAAUGGAAGCAGAGUGUCGUGCAUUCACUGUUUUGUUUAUUUCUAUUUUGGUUUUCAUUUGGAUGUUCUUCCCCUAUACCCAGAGUUACAGAGCUGGAUAACUGCGCCAUAAUAUCCUAAAUAUUGAUUUGACCUUUCUGUAUUUCCCCAUUUAUGAAGAACAUCAAGCCUAUUUUUUAACUAAUAGGAUUUUUUUGCAUUUGUGCAGAUGUAAGGAGAUGGCGGCCUGAAAGUGAAUGGUGACUUAGACUAACAUGUAAGGAUGGGAAUUGUAAUGAAUAUAAUGGUUCCAUUGACAAAGUACACAAAACACAGUAACAAUUCUUGGUUCAAUUCCAGUUGGACAUUAUGAAAUUAAUGACUAGCGGUUCGCAAGUUAUUCACUAAAAAAACAAGCUGAUAAGAGUCAUUCAUUUGGGAGGUAGCACUGGAUGUUUUGCGGUGCAGAUUUAAAAGAACCAACGCAUAAGAGUCAUUUGUUCAGGAACCAGACUAUGUUGGUCACACUGUACUGUACAUUUCACUCUGUAAAUUCAAAAGAAUCGGCUAAUAAGAAUCAGUGGUGGUGAUUUUGAUUCAUUUCAGUGACUCGAUUCUUUUGAUUCCGUUCACCGAAAAGAUUCCUUCAGAUUCGUUCAUUGAUUCGUUCACUGAACAUAUCUUCAAGUUAUGCCUUUGUGCCUGCAGAUGGCACCAAAUGGCGGCCUUUUAAGUAAUUGCAUUGAACCGAAAGCAAUAAUUCUCGAAAAGAACAAGUCUAAUUAUCCUUUAUUAUAAUUCUACUAUGAGACUUCAGCACUGCAGAGUGUUAAAGCAUUCCUCACAAAUUACAACAAAGCAAAUCUGUCAUACUUGUCAACUGCUGAGCAUGACUUUUUAUCAAUUUAUACUAAAAAAAAAGGACAACAGUACUAGCCUAAAAAUAACUAUGAGUUUCAAUAACGUCCGUAUGUCAUUGUAAUGUGUGAUCAUCACUCACUUAUUCAUAAUUCAUCCGGCCCCUUUUCUUGUUGAACAAGAUUGAAGAUACGAAUGAAUGUCAUGCAUCUCCUCCUCCCAGGCAGCAGAUCAUAGUUCAUCAUAGUUUGGGAAUCAGACUACACUGAUCGUGCUGUAUAUUUCGAGCUGUUGAUUCAAAAGAACUGGAAAAUGUUAGUCAUCCAUUUGGGAAUCAGACUAUUCUCGCUGUAUAUUUCAUGCUUUAGAUAUAUAAGAAUGCACGUUCGAGAACUGGUAACAGAACGGAAAGACAUGAGAAACAUUUAGUUUACAUACCCUACUAACAUACUAUGAAAUUGAAUGGUGACUGAGACUAACAUACAGCCUAAGAUCUCCUUUUUGUGUUCCAUGGUAGAGAGAAUGUCAGACAGGUUUGGAACAACAUGAGGGUGAGUAAAUGAUGACAGAUUUUGUUCUUGAAAAUAAUGUUACUAUGCAAAGAAAUCUUAAUUAUCCUAAAACAGGCUUCAUUUUCUACAUGUAAAAUUAAUUUCCCCCGUUCUUUGGGUGUUCUUGUGGUUUUUUUAACAGAGUAGCCUACUCACAGGAGUUUGGUUUGAUGCUCAUAUCGCAUAACAUUUUCUGUGGCAUAUUUCCUUGCUGUGGUUUGUUUUUAGCUAUUGGGUUCUGGUUGUGGUCUUGAUACCGCAAAAAUGUGUAGCAGCUACUGUAAGUUGAGAUUCAUUCUUUCAUUAAACCUUUCUGUGGAUCAAUAUGUCUAUAAAAAAAUAUCUCUGUCCUGUUGAGGUUUAUGAGACUAUUUAGUGUGUGCCUGAGCAAUAGUAAAGAUUUUGUGUGUCGUAGCAGGUGCACUGGAGGUUUAUAUGUGAUUUUAAAAAUGCUGGAAAUUAAAUUUAGAUAAUUCAACUUAAGACAAGAUACAAGUUACAAGCUACAAAAAUAAAUGCGUUUAUUUAUUUAUUUUUGUGUGAAGGUUUCAAAAUCAAUCAAAAUUUGAAAAAUGCCAAAUUAUGUUUCAUUGUCAUCAGAUAAACCACUCAAGAAAAUAAUUCUGUUUCAUAAGCACAGUUAUUUGAAUGUUAUCAGGAUGUUGACAUUUGUGUUUUACUUGACUCAUUUCUUGGUAUUACAAAUUAGAGUUCUGCAAUGCGAUUUAAUUACCUGACUUGUUGUGUUGGCAUGUACAGAUCACAGAUUCUGAUUUCUUUCCUCUUACAGAAAUUGCCGUUGUGCGUUUGUAACAGCACAACAUAGAUGGAACACAAGCAGUGUUCAAGGAAUAGUUCACCCAAAAAUGAAAAUUCUCUCAUUUACUCAUCCUGAAGAGAUGUGUAUGACUUUCUUUUUUCUGCUGAACACAAACCAAGAUUUUUAGAAGAAUAUCUCAGCUCUGUAGGUCCAUACAAUGCAAGUGAAUGGUAGCCAGGACUUUG